AUGGAAGAAAAGAUUUAUACAACCUAUAACGUGCCUUUCACAUCAAAGAAGUCAUCGAAAUUCACCGCAAGGAAGCUGUCUAGAAAGGUUUUCGAAGCACUUGCUCGGCUUCUGUCUUCAAUUGUGUUCUGCUGUCAAAGGGAACUGAAUGCUGCAAGAAAAGUAACAAGACUGGAAGAACUACCUGACGAAAUUCUGCUAAAGAUUAUCUUGUACUGUGACUUUUCGUCGAAAAUGAACAUGCGGGCAGUGAAUCAUCGUCUUUGCGCCCUAGUCGAGAAGAGAGCUCAUGUUUUAGUACGUCGUAACAUCAUUGGUGGUAUUGAGAUCAGGCGAAGUGAUGGCAACGUGAAAGGCACGUUCUGA